AGAAUCCAAUCCGGUUUGAGCUAGUUUUUGUUCCUAUGGAACAUUAACGGCUCACUCCGCCGUAAUAGACUGUUGCCAGUAUAGCCUCACACAGAAUUACACUACCAUAUUUUUUUUGUUGUGCGUUUAGAAAGCCGUCGCUGUUUUUUUUUUUUCCCGCCUUUCCAAAAAAAAAGCACACACAAAACGAGCCAUGCCUAAAAGGAGCAAAGCAAACAACGACGCUGAGGCAGGAGCGCCUAAGAGGAGAUCCGAGAGGCUCAGGGAUAGACCUGUAAGCGCAAAGGCAGAGCCCAAGCCGAAGCCAAAGAAGGCACCUGCUAAGCCCAAAAAAGCUAAAGAGGUGGAGAAGGCCAAGCCCGAGGAGAAAGAGGCCGAGGCCCCUGCGGAGAAUGGUGAAGCCAAAGCUGAGGAAGAGGCACCCGCUACAGAAGACGGCGAACAGAAAGAAGAGGCGGCAGAAUAACAUCUCUCAAACCACAUCUUUUAUCAGUACUCCCUGUACCUCUUUUUCUUGUACAAUUCAGGGGAAUAUUUUUAUCAGCUAUUUUCUAAAUACAGGUUUUUUAGUAGUUUGAUUGUAGAUGACACAUUUUUUUUAUUGAAGGAAAAAAAAAGUACAUUUUGGAAAUGGGGAUUUCGGCAUCUCCCACAAUUUUAAAUCACCCUAACAACAGCGGUCAUUGUUAAUGUCAGUGGUUUUCAUUGUAGUGUAAGGGACGGGGAGGGUGCGGGACAGGUUACUCGAUCAACAAGCAAGCAAGCAUGCUGUUUACAGGAGUUUGGGAAACAACUGACAGAGCUUGACUGAGGUUAACAUUCCAUAUGAGUUAUGAGGGACAGCACAUGAAAUCCGUUGGGGUGGGGAUGGAUAACUCACAGGGCAACGUCUGAAUCCGUAGGCUGAGUCAGUUGCUCUGGAUGCAACAUUUAUUGACAGAUGAACAGAUAAUAGUCUAUUUCUGUCAGUAAACGUAUCCAGAUGAACUGACUCGACCUUUGAUUUUCUUACCUGGAUUAUUGAGCAUGCAUCAAGUCACAGGGCAACACAUUGUUUUAUUGUUUUUAAAUGAAGGAAAAACAGUGUUUUAGAAUGUUUGUAAGCUUUGUUUCCUAUUUGUUAACUCUUGUAUUCAUGCAGUUUUCUUAACCAAUCUGAUCAAUAAACCCCCGAAUCCCUAGUACCGAGUUUUCCCCAUCAGGCCUGUUUAUCGCGUGUGUUGGUUGUGUCUGUUAUGUGAUAGCAUCGCAAUAAAUUUGUAUAGCAGCUGUGAAAAGGAUUUUCAAUCUUUCUAUAUGCAGUGUGUUAUAAUACAUUUUAAGGACGGUAAAACAAAUGGAAUGUUUUCUUAGCCAAGCUAAUGGGGUAUAUAAUCAUGUAAAGCAAACUGCUGAUGAUGGCUCCUUAAAUGGCAAGCGAUACAACUGUACAUUCAUUUGAGAUGUCAAAUACAUACCAGCAGUAGCAAUAUCCAUGUGGGUUUUAGGUAUCUGUAUCAACUACAAGUGUACAGUUUCUUUAAGUCUUUGUUUAUAGAUGUAACUGUGUUAUGAUUGUUAUAAACAAACCAAUAAAAAAUGGUU